UGUGUCUGUUCCUUUUCACACCGUUUCUCUUGUUCAUUCACAUUGUGGAUUCCUCUAUCACUACUCUCAGGGGGACUGACCCCCCCCCCCCUUCUCCCUCUCUUGCUCUCUCUGUCUGUCUCUGUCUGUCUCUCUCUACUCCCUCUGUUCAUCUGAGGUGUAGUGUAAUUCAUUUACAGCCUGGGUUCCAUACGCCAGAGUCCUGUGCAGGUUCUAGAUUUUUUUAUUUUGAAAGACGGAAACAUGUUCUAUUUUCAGCUGGUGAUCAUGGCCGGUACCGUGCUCCUGGCAUACUACUUUGAGUACACGGAGACGUUCCCUGUGCACAUUCAGGGCUUCUUCUGUUUCGAUAAAGCUUUCUCCAAGCCGUACCCAGGACCGGAGGAUUCAAGCAAAGCCCCUCCAGUGGUGGUCUACUCGCUGGUCACCGCCAUCCCCACUGUCAUGAUCCUGAUAGGUGAGCUGGCCUCCUUCUUCUCGAAGCCUGAAGCCCUACAGGAGCGGACCAUACUUACUGCGGACUGCUGCUACUUCAACCCCCUGCUACGGCGUAUCGUUCGCUUUCUGGGGGUUUACUCCUUUGGUCUCUUCACCACAACCAUCUUCGCCAACGCGGGUCAAGUGGUGACAGGAAACCAGACACCCCACUUCCUGACAGCAUGUCGUCCGAAUUACACGGCGCUGGGGUGCCAUUCGGCGCUGCAGUACAUUUCGGAGCAGCGGGCAUGCACAGGAAAUCCCUACCUCAUCGCCUCUGCCCGCAAAUCCUUCCCCUCAAAAGAUGCUGCCCUCAGCACCUACUGCGCCAUCUACACGGUGAUGUAUAUUACCAUGGCAUGGAGAACUAAAGGCACCCGUUUGACCAAGCCCACUUUGUGCCUCACUCUGCUCUCAUUGGCUGUGCUGGUGGGGGUGGUUCGCGUGGCGGAGUAUCGGAACCACUGGUCUGAUGUGCUGGCUGGAUAUGCUACUGGGGGUGCUAUUGCUGCCUUUCUGGUGUCGUGUGUGAUUAACAACUUCCAGCAAACUGAGGCUCUUCCCCCACCCGCCGUGCGACCUCCUCGGCCUGAACCGCCCCUCAGCGUGCCCGUGGUGUCCACGCCGAGCGUGGAAAGUCCACUCGAAAAGUUCCAGGUGCACUGUACGCCGGCGUCACCUGACGAUGGGCCGUCCCUGUUCCCCACUCCUCCCGAUGUGCUCAUCCACUCGCGUCGCUCCAUCUCCAGCGCAGUCUAGACCUGCCCUCUCAAUGCUCCACCCACCCUCGCCUCAUUAGGGCUUAUUCCACACAGGUGUAGAAAUGGUUGCUCACUGCUGUCCCCUACUGGGCCACAUGGACUAUGACAGCUCUUAGUCACUGCUGUCCAAUCACAGACAUCUCACUCACUACUUGACUACACAGCAGUGACAGAAAUGUUGUUCACUCCCCCUCCCCCCUUUUUAAAUUUACACCAGCUGAAGGUUUUGUACCAGUCUGUUCAUGUCACAUGUACUCCCUUGUGUUGCUGCUUCUUUACCCUGUGAUUACAAAUUUAAACCCGUUUUAUCUACCGAGUAUAUACGCUCAGCUCAAGGAGAGGCUAUCUUCAUGAGCCAGGCUGAGAACAUAUUUCCUGUCUAACGGGGGACAAAAACCAAAAAGCUAAGAGACAAAACUAAAACUACUGAAGAAGACACAUUUUAUAACUGAAAAAAACAUUUUUUUGAUCAAAAUUGAUGUGAAAAUAACUAUUGUCAUUGAAACUAAUUGAAGUAGACUAUAAUGGUAGCAAGUACCAUUCAAGAUUCAGAAGUGAAUCUUAAGUGAAAUCCAAUCUGAUCUCUCACUCACUCAGGACAGCAAAAGUGUCAAAAUGCUUAAAUAGCUUGUUUUCAGUAGGCAGAUGCUUAGGCAGGAUGCAAAUUACAUAUAGUCCUAGGUGAAAGUAAGAUCAUUUACCAUAGAGUAAGAUAGACUAUUUUUGUAGUUGUAAAACACGUUUCUAUGAACAAUAGUUUAACAAAUGAAGCCAUGAGAAGCUAAUGCCUAAAGAGAAGUAAAACUUAAAAUAUUUGAAGAUUUUACAAUAAAUGUUUUAAUAGAAAAAUAUGUAAAGGAUGUAGCAUGAGAUGUAAAUCUUAUAUUCAUUACUUAUUUUUUAGAUUACUAACUAGUUAAUAAUUUACUUAUUUUUCUCCAUUUCAGUAUAUUAUUAAGCUUAAGGCCCAGUUUGGCUCAAACAGCUUCCCCAGCCAUCAACAUCUGCCCCCCCCCCCCCCCC